CGGCGAGCAAUUAAUGCAAUUGGCCUGUUACUUUGGUUGCAUCACAUAUAUAGUUUUGUAUAGGAUCAUCCCACAAAAGAAGGUUCUACUGCUGCAAUCAUCAUGAAACUUGAAUUUCAUUAAUCCAUCUACUAGUCAAAUAUCAAAGUCAUCCAAACGCGUCUGAUACAGAAAACCGAAAGAAAAAAAAAAAGCCUCUCCUUUGUUCACAUUCCAGGAAAGUAAUAUUCUAUUUUCCGACUUAUAUUCUCGCUAUUGUGAGGUUAAUCAUCCAUAAAUAGCUGCCCACUAGACCCCCCAUUUGACUCACCACGUAUUUUUUCUUCUUUCUGAAUCCCAACAGCAAAAACAGUGUAACUUGGAGAACAAAGACUUUUAGAAACAAAAGAAUGGCAGAGAACGAGCAACCAACCCAUCCCAUGGUAGCCAACGAAGAGUCAGGUUCAGGCAUAGAAAAACCGAAAGAGCUGAGCAAAAAGAAGCGCAUGAAAUGCAUAGCCUUUGCUGUGGCUUUUACAAUCUUCCAAACUGGAGUAAUAUUGGCCUUUGUACUUAUAGUUUUGCGUUUCAAGAGUCCAAAAUUUAGGGUACUUUCUGGCUCAUUUCAUAAUGAUCCAUUUCAAAUUGGCACUGAGGCAGCUCCUUCCUUCAACUUGACGAUGAACACUCAGUUUGGGGUGAAGAACACCAACUUUGGUCACUUUAAGUAUGAAAAGAGCACUGUCACAUUUGAAUAUAGGGGCACAGCUGUUGGAACUGUUAUUAUUGACAGAGCACGAACCAGGGCUAGAUCCACUAGAAAAUUCGAUGCCAUGGUGGUGCUGAAGACGGAUAGUGUGGCUGAAAAUAUUGAGCAGCUAGGUAGAGAUAUCAGUUCAGGGAAGUUGCCACUUACUAGCUCCUCCAAGUUGGAAGGGAAAAUUCACUUGAUGAAACUGAUCAAAAAGAAGAAAUCUGCUCAAAUGAAUUGCACCAUGAACGUUGAUAUCCAAACAAGAACCCUCCAGGACAUCGUCUGCAAGUGACCAGCUUGAUUUUGCAAUAUAUGAUUCAUGUUUCUUUCUUAAUUAUUUUUUUCAAUUGAAUUUUUGCAAUUGGGGAGUCGGAUAGUUUUGGUGAGGAAAAACUUCUCUGACUCGUUCAUGGUGGAUCUAAGAUAUAUGCGAUCUACUUGGUUGUAUAUUGGAUUCAUUAUGGAUUGGAUUAAGAAAAUUUUCUCAUCGUAUGCUUAAUUAUUCUUCGUAUUUUUUGUGAUAUUUAUGUUGAAAUAUUUUUAAUACUAUAUUUUAUGCAAGGUACAAUGUUGUAAUUUUAGAUAAAUCCUAUUAUUAUUAUUAUUAAUUUUUAAAAAAA